AAUCUCUCGUCGCUGUUAUGACUAAUAACUUGAUCGACGGGUUUGUGGCAAAAAUGAUGAAAUCAUUGCCAUAAACAACAAGUUUUUCACUACUCGUGAGUUAAAAGGCGACGAUUGCAUGGAUUGUAUGAGAGAUUCAUGUGAAGCAUAUUUUGUGCGAAAAUAACACCAAUGUUAUAGUCAAACAAUAUUGAUCACGAUAUUGAUGAUGAAUAUUCACUAUAUUUUUGCAUGAUAACUUUAUGCGAAAGUGUUAAAUGUGUGUAAAAUAGUAUCGAUAGUCAUAUAAUUAGCGACAAUUAAUCGGAAAUAAGUGUACAUUUGGUGUGAAGUGAGCAAUGAGUGACAAAAGUUUCACAUUUAAGACAAUCAAAUACCUGUUGAUUACGAAGAUAUGUAUCGGAAUUGUCUUCUCAUUCAUAGUUGUCUUUCUGUUGAUUGUGAUGACAUCCCAUCACUCGAGUGAUGGUCGCAGGACUGGUAUCCCAGAGCAGGACAACCUCCUGUACGAGCACUCGGACUCCACGUCUAUGGACAAAUCCAAGAUCGGAAUAGUGGUGGCAUUCGUGGCCAUAGAAAUCCUAAUCCAGAUCCUGGGGCUCAUAGGUGUGAUCCGGGCCAAUGUGAUCUUAUUGUUAAUAUUCGGUGUAUUGGUAUCUUUGGGCGCAUUGUUUGAAUUCAUCACAAUCUUCACGAGAGAAGGGAACGCCUUAUUCCUAAUAUAUUUGACGUUUCUAUCGGUUCUAGUCUUCGUUUACAUAUAUUUAGUGCGGAAUGAGAGACAACAACUU